GGGGGCGGGCAGCAGUGGGAGGAGUGGAUUUGGACCCAUAAAUAGUCUCCAGAAGGAAGGAAAGAAGGAAAGAGGGAAGUAAAGAGUCAAGGAAAGAAGCAAGGAGCCAAAGCAGAGAGCCAAGCUGAUCAUGGGCCAGAAGAAGGUGGCAGUCAUCCUGUCCGGCUGCGGCGUCUAUGAUGGGAGUGAAGUCCACGAAGUGUCGGCCGUCAUGGUGCAUCUCAGCCGGGAAGGGGCCCAGGCUGUGCUGUUUGCUCCCAAUGUUCCCCAGAAGCAUGUGGUGAACCACGCCACAGGGCAGCCCAUGGAGAAGGAGGAGCGCAACGUCUUGGCAGAAAGCGCCCGGAUCGGCCGAGGAAAUGUGAAGGAUCUGGACUUGUUGAAAGUGCAGGACUUGGAUGCUCUCAUCAUCCCAGGUGGAUUUGGGGUGGCCAAGAACCUCUGCUCCUGGGCCUCGGAGGGCAAGGACUGCUCUGUCUCCGAAGGUGUGGAGGGCGCCAUCCGGGCUUUCCAUGCAGCCGGGAAGCCCCUCGGCCUCUGCUGUAUCGCCCCAGUUCUGGCCGCCAAGAUCCUGCCAGGAUGUGAGGUCACCGUGGGACACGACGCCGAGUGUGAGACCUGGCCCUAUGCCCAGACGGCUCAGGCGCUGAAGGAAAUGGGCUGUAAACACGUCAACCGGAGCGUGGGCGAGAUCCAUGUAGACCCCAAGCACAAGCUGGUGACCACCAGCGCCUUCAUGUGCAACGCGCCCGUCCACGAGAUCCAUGAUGGCAUCGGGAAGAUGGUCCGUGAGGUGCUGAGGAUGGCCUGAGGAGGACUGGAAGCCACGGAAAGGCCCCAAGCAACACUACCAUCCACAAAUACAGAUGAUCCAGAAUCUUGCUGCUCCUCGCUCCCUUCGCUCUCUUUCGGCUGGCUAUCCGAAGCAAAACACAUUUGAAAUGGGUACUUGGUGGCCAGCUGGGUUCCAGUGGGGCUGAGUGGGGGUUUGGGACCAGGUAGACUCCUCUGGAUGACCUCAGUGUGGUCCUCCUCAAACCCAAAAUAAA